CAGAGAUUGAGAGAUAGUUAUCUGGGUUCUUGUUUCUGGUCCCUAUCCGUUGAAUCUUCGAGGCUUUCGCUUGUUCCAUCUCUGUUCACAACCAGAGUGGGCAAGCGAAAGAGAUCAAUCAAGAAAUAGAAGGUGCUCUUGCUUCGUUGGUUCAAGUUUUCUACAGGGAAAACGAUGAUGGAGCUACGCAUCCCGGCUUUGUUUCUUCUUGUAAGUUCGAUGGGUCUUCUUCUACCUUUGGGGGAAGCGAUUUGGUUGAGUAUUCCUCCAUCAAGGACCAAGUGCGUUUCAGAAGAAAUCCACAACGACGCCAUCAUCUCAGGUGAUUACAGUCUCAUCGCCGACGACCUAGCACACGCCCCCACCAUCACUGCCAAGGUGGCAUCUCCAUAUGGGAACACAGUUUAUAGUGCAGAAAAUGUCACUCAUGGUCAUUUUGCAUUCACAGCCACCGAGGUUGGGAACUACUUGGUAUGUUUUUGGUUGGAUGGCCAUCAUCCAGAUGCAGGAGUAAGUGUUAACCUUGAUUGGAAAAUCGGAAUUGCUGCAAAGGACUGGGAUUCUAUGGCAAAAAAAGAAACGAUCGAGGAUGUUGAGCUUGAGCUGAAGAAACUUGAGGCAAUGACGGACUCCAUUUAUGAUACUAUGUUCCAUAUCAGAAGCAGGGAAGCGGAAAUGAGGAACAUAAGUGAAGAUAUCAAUGCCAGAGUAGCAUGGCUCAGUAUCAUGUCCUUGGGGAUCUGCAUAGUGGUUUCGGCUUUACAGUUAUGGUAUUUGAAGAGCUACUUCGUAAGGAAGAGGCUUAUUUAGACUUGAUGGGUUGACUACAUCCCUGUUCCCUUGUAUCUGAGCCAAA